UAACUUUAAUGACUCAAAAAUGAAAGAUCUUCAAUUUUAGCUUAUUUUUAAUUUUUGAGUCAUUAAGACUCAAGUAGUUUGUUUUGAACAAAAUUAUUACCAGAAGACAUGGACUCGGUGGAAUCGUCGAGUCGACCUCGAGCGACAGUGAGUCAGCAUGAGCAAUGGACUGUCCAAUCUCGUGUGUUCCAAAUCUAUGAUCUCUUUGCUAAUAUUCCUCACAAGGCUCAAACCCUAAUGUUAGAGCUUCAGCGUGACAAGCAUAUGGAGUACUUAACUAAUGGACUCCAUCAAUUAGGUUCUUCAUUUGUUGUGUUGGAUGCUAAUCGACCUUGGCUUUGCUACUGGAUCUUUCACUCAAUUGCUUUAUUGGGAGAGUCUGUUGAUUACGAGCUUGAAUAUAAUGCAAUCGAUUUUCUUAACCGUUGCCAGGAUCCUAAUGGCGGAUACUGUGGUGGACCUGGACAGUUGCCUCAUCUUGCAACUACUUAUGCUGCAGUUAACUCUCUUGUUACUUUGGGGGGACAGAGAGCAUUAUCAUCUAUCAAUAGAGGUAAGCUGUACGCGUUUUUAAGGCGAAUGAAAGAUUCAAGCGGGGCAUUCAGGAUGCAUGAUGCUGGGGAAAUCGAUGUGCGGGCUUGCUACACAGCUAUUUCAGUUGCGAGUAUCCUCAACAUUUUGGAUGAUGAGCUGAUUAAGGAUGUUGGUAAUUACAUUUUAAGCUGCCAAACUUAUGAAGGCGGCAUUGCAGGAGAACCUGGUUCUGAAGCUCAUGGUGGAUACACCUUUUGUGGAUUGGCUACCAUGAUUUUGAUCGAUGAGGUCAACCGUUUGGACUUGUCCAAUUUACUUAAUUGGGUAGUAUUUCGACAAGGAGUAGAGUGUGGAUUUCAGGGGAGAACAAACAAAUUGGUUGAUGGUUGUUACUCCUUCUGGCAGGGAGGAGUAUUUGCACUAUUACAAAGAUACCAUUUAAUUGAUGGUGAACACGCAGUGAAUUCUGAUAAGGAAGCGGUACAUAGUGCUAUUGAGAGCAAUUCUGAAUCUGAAGAAGGCACAGAUGAAGAUUCAUCUGAUGUCGAUGUAACUUGCCAUUUUAAGCAGGGAGCAGGUCACAAAGAGACGGUACCUCUUUUUCAUAGCUCGGCCUUGCAGCAAUACAUCAUUCUAUGCUCACAGGAACAAGAUGGCGGAUUUAGAGACAAGCCUGGGAAGGGGAGGGAUUUCUAUCACACAUGUUAUUGUCUAAGUGGUCUCUCGGUAAGUCAAUAUAGCUGGUCUAGGGACGAGAACUCUCCGCCUCCACCAAGGGCGGUUUUGGGUCCUUACUCCAAUCUGUUGGAACCCACCCAUCCUAUAUACAAUGUGGUUAUACAACAGUACGAGGAAGCGCAUGAAUUCUUUUCUCAGUCGUAGCACAUUAGUAAAGUUAGUGUAAUGCCUUCUGAUAACACUGAAAUUUCAUCUGUCAAAAACUAUAGAAUAUAGCUAACGGAGUACUGUUGUAUUUGAUUUGUAUAAUGCAUACUCCUUGUUGCCA